AUGUUAUUGUUUUUUAAACGAGGGAGGGAGGAGGGGAAUCGAGGGGAAUGGAGGGGAGGGGAGAGGAGUGAGGAAUUCGAUUACAGUUUGAUUUCUACGUGUUGCAUCCUGACCGCGCUCGGGGAGGCGAGGAGGCUCUUCACGUGGUCAGCGUAUCGAAAUGGACAGAGAGAGACGGAGAUACGGAGAGAGAGAGAUGGAGAGAGGGGAGGGGGGAUACUUUGGACAUCUCGUUAUUUGUACACGAGUACAUCUUGA